GCUUCGCAUCUUGCCUGAAACUACACGAGUUAAGGCUCAGCAUGACAGCAGCUAUGCAGCGUUCGUUUUCAAGCGAGCUCCAUGACCUGGGCAUUCCUACCGUCGAUGUCAAAACGCUUGCGACUCGCAUCAAAGAGCAGGAUGCAACUAUUAACUCCCUCCGUGAACAGCUCAAAAAUUCCGAGUCUGAAUGCUCCCGUCUCAGAAGCAUCAAUAAAAUCUUGCGGGAUAGACUAGCCCUUGUGGUGACACUCCAGGAUCAGUUGCGGGGCACGUUAAAAGCCUAUGAUGAAAUUUCUGAACGUGUACAAGAGCAUCUGCGAUUAACGCAGCAACUGCAGAGUCUUGUCGAUAUUACCACAGGCAACGUCCAAACCGCCUUUCAGACAAUUCCCACCAUUGCAGAUUUGGAUAAAAUGGUCGAAGGUGUGACCGAAGCCACACCUGUCGUAAGGACGUUGACCGGUAGUCCACGAAGACGAAACACUGGUGUGACUGCAAUUCCUCCUCCCACGAUUGAUUCAGUCAUUUCCUUAUUGUCAAUAUUCCCUUUGUUUGCCGAGUUCCCCAGAGAAGUACUGGUCAGGCUCGCGCAAUCCUCCUAUGAGAUGAGGCGGAGUCCAGGUCAGAAUAUCAUCACCAAAGGCGAAAUGGGUGCUGAGAUAUUUUUUCUUGAGGAGGGCCAGGUGAACGUCAUGGCCACUCUUUCAGAUGGGCAAGGUGAAAAUAUCCCGCUUGCAACACUGACUGCUAAAGCCUUUUUUGGUGAAUUGGGAGUGUUGUUUGGCAAUCCCCGCACGGCCAGCGUGCAAACAAAGACAGACUGCGUACUUGUCGCUGUGACAAAGCAAAAGAUUGAUGAAGUUCUGCAAACAUACCCGGAACUGCAAUUGAAACUCCGCGCAUUUGCUGAUGAUCGGGUGAAAUGGUGUGACACCCGCUCAUACAAGGCCGGAUUCGGAGGGGAGUUCAUUACCAAUAUUGCGCGAAAAGACGUCAGCAAGCUUCCCAUAUUCAGUGAUGCAUCCGACGAAUUCAUUGAACAGCUUGGCAAGCGCUUAACUCCCGAGAUUUUUCCCGCGGCUGCCACCAUUAUCGCCAAAGGGGACGAUUCUGAUUGUAUCUUCUUUAUUGUUCGUGGUUCCGUCCAAGUUCUGGACGCAAACAGCAACGAGAUUCAUGCCGAAAUGUCUGCGGGCUCCUUUUUUGGAGAGCUUGGAGUUGUCCUCAACGUACAACGUACAGCCAGCAUCAAAGCAAAGGAGGAAUGCUACCUCCUAAAGCUUACCAAAGCGAGCUUGACUGAGGUCCAGGACUUGUACCCAGCGAUGAAGCAGAAGAUUCAAGAUGCAGUAGACGAGCGGUACGCUCUUUACAAAACUCGUACUCAAAUAACCAACAAGGCACCGGAGCAGUUCCAUAUGGAAGUUGGACAUCAGCAAUUGACCAAACUAUCAAUUUUCCAGGAUAUAGAUGAUAACAUUGUGAGCGAACUGGCGCUCCUCAUGAGUCAGAAAUCUUGGAAAGGCGGUGAAUAUAUCAUCAAGUGCGGAGAUCAAGCAAACAGCAUGUUCUUCCUUGCAUCGGGCGAAGUGGAUGUCAUUGGUGAAUUUGGGGAACAGAUUGACAGCGCAAAGGGUCCGGACGCGUGGUUCGGCGAGGUAGGCCUGCUUCAAGAUGUCCCGCGCACGGCAAGCGUUCGGGCUCGCACGGACUGUUCAACCUUCUUAUUGCGGAAGGAGGACUUCAUGGCAUCACUUCGGAAGCACCCAAGCAUUGCUUCCCGGAUUGAAGAGACUGCAAGGGAGAGGUUACAAGCUCAUUUAAUGAGGAGUAUUCUAGCUUGAGGACUACUCCCUACUGCGGAAUGUUGAUGUCCAUUGCUUUGUUGCUUUGUUGCUUUCCUUAUUUUUUUUUGCCGAACAGAGAAAAAUACUGCCACA